UUUUUGUUCAAGAUUACGCAUUAAAACAAUACAAUUUGUUUAAAACUGAGUGUUGUGACCUAGGUUUGAUCUUGACAAAAUAAGUUACUAACCAAAAUGUGGAAUGAUCAAUCGGUCGUUGGAGGAGGGUUUUUAAACUCGCCAGGUCAAUUUGGUGCCACUACCACUCCUGGUCAAGCCCAAAAAACUAGCCGAAGAGUUUCACGUACAGCACCUAUAGUUAUCAGACAGGCCUUGCACUGUGGAGAUGAUGGAGUUAAGAUUUGGGGCACUGAAAUCCAAAUUGUGUCAAUACUUGCUCGUAUUAGAAAUAUUCGUAUGCAGAGCUCCAAGAUUACAUAUACUAUUCAGGAUAUUACAGGGAGAAUGCGAGCAGUCUUAUGGAUUGAUCAAGAAGCAAUGGAAGAAGAUGAUAAGUCCACACCAAAGGUUCAAGUAAAUGAUUAUGUCCAGAUUUUUGGAAAUGUUAAAACAAACAAAGGCAAAAAGGUUCUGAUGGCAUUCAAAAUUAUGCCAGUAACUGAUGUCAAUGCAAUAACUUUCCAUUAUCUUCAGUGCAUCAACAAUAAAGUGAAAAUGGAGGCAGAUUCUAAGAAAGAAAAAGUUGCAACUAACAAUCCAACAUUUACAAGUGGAUUACCAGCCAACUCCAUGGUUGGAAUAAAUGAGAACACUGGCUCAGUGAAUGGAUUGAAUCCACGACAGAUGAUGGUCUUCAACUUAAUUAGAAGCUCAACUCUAGAGCAAGGAAUCAGUAAACAAGACAUGUACGCUACACUGAAAGACCGAAUGGCUCAAAUUGAAUUUGAGAAUAUUCUGGAAUGGAUGUGUGGCGAAGGCCAUAUCUACUCUACUAUUGAUGAAGAACAUUUCCGUGCCACAGAUGCUUUCUAAAAGUAUGCUGCGACCAGAUUUCAAUGUUUCUAACAAUACUGCAGUCUGAAGUAGUACACUUGAAAUCCAUUCAAUGAAGUGUAAACUGUUAUAAAUGAACGUGUGCAGUGUUGUUAGUUAUGUAAUGAUUGUAAUAACCAUGUUCAAAGAAGCCUUAUUAUUUUUUAUUCAAACUGUUUCAAACAAAAAUAAAAAAUCCAAAUCAG